AUGGCCAGGGGGUUCCGCAGCCGCGGUAGGACUCACGCGCCGCGGGGACGAGUACACUUUCCUCGACUUCGCUCUUUCGAGGCGGGCGAGGAUCUUUUAUCCACUUGGCUGAAGGUUCUGUUUUCUUUAUUGCUCCUUCCUGCCGCCACUGCCACUGGUACUGCUACUCCACGCCCUCUCGUCGGCCACUUUGAAACGAAACCUCUUCGCCGCCGGUGGCCGGAGCGCGCUUCGUUUUGCUCGCUCGCGUGUCGUAAAGUUCACGCUUUGGAGCUGAGCAACGGUUCCGUUUCCGCACCCCGCUCCCUCCCUCGCAUUCUCUCUCUCUCUCCCUGUCUUGCUCUCGUUCUUGAAAGUGUGGCCCUUCACCGCGCGCAAGCUUAUUUUGCACAGAUCCUUAAUGGAUUUCUUUUCUCAGGUGUGCCGAAACUCUCGUUCGAUUCAUUUUUCGACCUCCUUGCGGUGUCCGGUCCUCUCGCGCUCUCGCUCUCGAUUUCGCCAUAGCGUCGCACGAGGCGUGCUGAAUCGUCGCUUUGUGUCCCGUUUUGAAGCUCAUUUUUUCUUCCCGUUCGAGUUCUUCCGCUUGGUUCCUGUUUGUGCAAGGAGGGAAGGCGGGACGGCGUUGAUUCUGUAUACCAUGGAGGGAGGGAUGCAGACUGUGCUUUUCAGAGUGGGAGGGUCGUUUCUUUUGGCUUUUUUUUUUUCUGGUGGGGUGGGGGUUACGGUGGGAAGGAGGUAAGUGACCGUCAGUUCAUCUCGUUCGGAUGUGCACACGUUUGCAAAGAAACCAACCUCAACGUGGUCAACUUCCAAUCCGCCCAGGGAUGACAACGUUUUCGCACCGCCGCUUAACCUUAGCAUGUGACAUUGGGGGGCGCACGAGUGGACCGAGUCUUGUUGUAUAGCAGUCCUUUUUCUCCAUGCUUGGAGUUUAGCCUCGUGUUUUGUCACGAGAUUUGUUGCUGUCUUCGGCACCGACACGCAUGGCUUUCUGAAGCCUCACGUAGCUCUCUCUGGAGAUGCCGAUUGGUCACCUUUUAGAUUUAGGUGUAACACUGAGGGCAGUAAUUUUUAGAAGCGAGCAGCUUACGUGUCGAACUCAGACUCCUCAUCCCUGGGGUCAUCAGCAGCCAUUCCAGUGCAAAAUCUGCGAGCUUGACUUCCUUUACCGUCUGGAGUGUAGCAGUUCCCAGUCUUUCUUUUACUCCGCUGACCUUUCUAUUUCGUUGAGGUGAAUUGCACUCUCCGUAUCGAUCGAAAGAUGCUCAGUCGAUUCUUGCUGACCGCCUGUGAAUCCGGCAUGAAAUUCUGGGUUCAAAGGACGCAUGAAGUACGUCCCCAUAGUGUCCUGAGGAGAUGUUCUACAUUCAGUGUGUGCCCAAAUUGGUCAUGGAGGGUGGUUAUUCGAUGAGUCUGACCUUUGUUGUUCGCUUUCUCUGCUCAGAGCUCUGUCCUCUUACACCCUGGAAUUUUGUUCCGAUUUUGUUUUUGAGUCAAGCCUUUGUUCGAGAAAUUGGUGUUGGAAGGAAGGCGGAAAGGCCCACGUGUGAACCAUUGCACGCUGGGGGACUAGGGGCGAUGGAAUUCAAAGUCAGGUAGUAUCACCUGCACUGUACAUGUUUAUAUUCCCUACGCCGUCCGGUUGUGUGCCGCCACUUCCGAGGCGAUUCGAGUUCGCCAGAGCAUUCUUUGUCAGGCCUUAACGAUUCGAACUGGAUUGGAUAGGAUUCUAUGGAACUGAGUCGAGGGCUUUGAUGAAAGUUCUUCAAAGGUUGCUGCGAAGGCAUUGAUCCCAGUCAGCCAGGACCACAUGUUGCUGCCUGGGUUAGAGAACGCUCCCGCUUUUGCAAUUGGAUCCGUUUUUGCAUUUUGAAUCCGGUGAGGGUGUGGUGUUGCUUCACCUUCAACUGGUGCUUCCUUUAGAGAGGCCGAUGCCACCGUCUCGCCUCUUCGCAUUUCUUUCCUGUCUUUGUUCCGCCGUCUCUAUCUCCUCACUUGGGCAGUGCGAAGUUCGCAGGUCGCUCACUUUACUGGCACCUUUCACGCCAUGUCGGAUUUUCAAGCACUCAAGGAGUUAGCCUGUGAUUAGUGUGUAAGCGUCUCUGAAUUGUAAAUAUUGACGACCAAGGCAGCUCAUUGCCGAUCACGGUGCCUGAGUCCUAUACCCAAGACGAGCCUGUUCUUUGUUCUAACGGGAGUGAGAUAAUUGCUUGCUGUCUCCAGGCCACGCCGUAAAUGUGCAAGGCUAUAUAUAUUUGUCUGUUCAUUGAAGGGAUGUUGGGAUUUGGACCAAACUACUCAUAAGCAGGCCCCGCAACAGCCUGUGAAACACUUCCCGUGACGGUGUGUGCGAUGCAGCCGUGCGAAAUGAGGCAUUUUUCGGCUGUCGAAUAUAUCGGUUUCCGCCCUGUUAACUAAUAGAGAUGGAAACUUUGCUGUUAAGGAAGUGGUCAAAAUCCCUUUAGGACAUGUGAUUGUUACAAAGAGAGUCGAAUCUUUAUAACAAGUACAUCUUGCUAGAUACUCCACUGCCUUCUCAGAUAAGAAGUAACGAAAGAAGAUCGGAAUUUUGUAAAGUGAAAACAACUGCCAUAUUUUCAAUAGUCGCAUUAACAUCGAAUGCUGCAAAUUAUGCUGACGAAGUGACGAUAAAUCCCAAAACACUCGAAUUGUCUCUUGCCCAAGAGGAGGAAUCAUCGAGAAAAACCAUGGGUGGAAUGUCAUGCACAUUUCACAUAUACUUAUGGCGGUGAAGAAGCA